AUGACGGUCGUCAGUUCUUCAAAUCAGUCUAGCUUAUGCCUUCGAGAUUCUAUCCCGAAGCAGCAUCGGGCUAAAGUGUGUUCUGAACAUCCACAAUUAAAAAACUUAAUCUCUACCCAAUAUACUGGGGAAGAAUUCAAUCCUAUUUAUUACACUAAUGAUUUCUUCGUUUGGAAGAUUUACCCCAACUCGGAAAAAGUUUUUCAAGUUGGACACAUGCUGACAUAUCAGCCUGUUUGUCUGCUUGGAAAGUAUGGCUAUAUCGCGUCAGGCGGAUUGGCCGGCCAGUUUGAUUACUGGUCUCCCACUUUAAAACAUAAGCAUUUGGAACUGGGACCAUACUAUAACAAUGGUAUCGAGGUGCAUAAACGAAAUUCCGAUCAUCAACCUGAGGCAUUGAUUUCCACAAAUGAUCGCUCCGUCAAAGUCGUCGACCUCGCCUCAGGAAUACUAACAAGGAAUCUUCGUCUCCCUGUAAAUAUGAAUCAUGCUUCUGUAAGCAAUGAUGGCCGAUACAUGGUUUGUGUCGGCGAUUCACCAGACCUCUUUUUUUACGAAAUUACCCGAUCCGGAGAUUAUAUUCUUCGACACACAACGCAAGCAAAUACAAAGGACUCUUCUAUUUGCACAAGCAUUUCGCAGAACAAUGAGAUGUUUGCUUGUGCUAGUCAAGACUCAAGCCUCAGCGUCUUCGACGUUCGAUAUAUGAAAUUCCCUAUGUUAACUAAAACUACAUCUCGAAGUCAGCCUGAUGGAAGCGUUCGGAGCUGCCACUUUACUCCUCCCAACGCUGGUCCAUUGGACCUACUGUUAUAUACUGAAGGCACAAAAUUAUCCCAUUUGUUGGAUUUGCGCACCAAUAGAGAUGUUGAAUUAGUUCUUCCAAACGAAGACGAUAGUCCUUAUUCAGUUUCUCAAGGAAUCUGUGGCUCAUGCUUUGCGGACGAUGGUUCAUCGGUAUAUGUUGCUUCUGCAACUCACUUAUAUGAAUGGAAUAUUGACAAAAAAAGUCGGAAAUCGUUUCCUUCCUACGCCUUUGCCUGA